CAUUUGUCCUCCCAAGCCUGAGAUUGCUUCUGAAGUGGAGAGAAUUGAAUAAACCCAGGAUUCCUUUCUGGGAACUGGGCACUUGUCAUCAAAGAGUGAAGUAUCUUUGGAGAAGCUUGUGGCACCAGGAUUUGAGCAGAACCAACCCACUUGCCUUGAGACCUGAAGACCGCUGGCCUAGAGGAGUGAAGGACGAAGCUUCCCCAGAAGGUUAGACUGAGAAACUCUCGCUCGCCCAUCAGAUGGCGCCGCCGCCCUCAGUGCAUCUCCAAGAGUAUAGGGGGCGCUGUGUACUGGCCUCUUUUCCCCCGCCUCGGUGACUCUUGCUUCCGCCUCCGGAGCCCGCCUCGGCUCCCAGGGCUCAGCUGCGCAGUCGCGGAAACGGGCCUGUGGGGAGCAUGGCGGCGUCUUCGAGUGGAGAGAAGGAGAAGGAGCGGCCGGCAGGCGGCUCUGGAGCGGCAGGCGGUAACAGCACGCGAGAGCGGCUCCUGUCUGCGCUGGAAGAUCUGGAGGUCUUGUCAAGAGAACUUAUAGAAAUGCUGGCAAUUUCAAGAAACCAAAAGUUGUUGCCGCCUGAUGAGGAAAACCAGGUCCUGGAGUUGUUAAUUCACAGAGAUGGGGAAUUUCAAGAACUGAUGAAAUUGGCACUUAAUCAGGGAAAAAUUCAUCAUGAAAUGCAAGUUUUAGAAAAGGAAGUAGAGAAGAGAGACAGUGAUAUUCAACAACUACAAAAACAGCUAAAGGAAGCAGAGCAAAUACUGGCAACAGCUGUUUACCAAGCAAAAGAAAAACUCAAAUCAAUAGAAAAAGCAAGAAAAGGUGCCAUCUCCUCUGAAGAAAUAAUUAAAUACGCACAUAGGAUUAGUGCGAGUAAUGCUGUAUGUGCCCCACUGACCUGGGUUCCAGGGGACCCACGGAGACCAUACCCAACUGAUUUAGAGAUGAGAAGUGGAUUAUUGGGUCAAAUGAACAAUCCUUCCACUAAUGGUGUAAAUGGUCAUUUACCAGGAGAUGCACUUGCAGCAGGCAGAUUGCCAGAUGUCCUUGCUCCACAAUAUCCAUGGCAGUCAAAUGACAUGUCAAUGAAUAUGUUACCACCGAAUCACAGUAAUGACUUUUUGCUGGAACCUCCAGGGCAUAAUAAAGAAAAUGAAGAUGAUGUAGAAGUUAUGUCAACAGACUCCUCAAGCAGUAGUAGUGACUCUGAUUAAAAAACAUAAAAGACAAAAUUCAUCAGAAUUGAAUACUGUGGAAUUCUGUUUCUUACACAAUAGCAAGCCUAUAAAAAAAGCCAGGUAAUACUGCCUAUAGUGGAACCGUGCAGCCCAUUAAAAAUCACUGGACUUUCUUUUUUAAGCCAAAAAUUAUCGUUUCAGUUCUAAACCACUAAGUGAAUAUUUAAAGAAUAAUCAAAAUUUAUUGUUGGAAAAAAAAUUACUCAUUUCAGUGCUGCCCUAUCCUGUUAUGUUCCAGUUAUGUUGGACUUGUACAUAGUAUUUCUGGAAAUAAAAGUUGAGGGAAAUAACCCAUGUACAUAUCACUAAUCAGCCCCUGGAAUUAUUUAGAGAAGCAUUUUAAAUAAGGGCAGUGGAUCACUGUGCAUCAUAUCUCAAAAUAACAAAACCCUCAUUUGAAAGUGAAGGCUGGUAGCUUCUGUCACAGUAACGGGAAGUUGUCUUAAUUUUACUGUCUGUAAUUAUUGUAAUAUGUGUAAAUAAACAUAUUUUUGUUUGUA